AAGCUUCCUCUCCCCUGCUUGGCUGUUACAUUUAGGCCAGCAAUUUAUCUUGUUUAGCAUCUAGACGUCUCGACAGCAGAGGACCUCCACCAGCACACAGGAGGGACUUCACCUAAGAACAGCAGAUGUGCCAAGGAGCAAUUUGAGGACAAGACUCCAUUGAUAUUCUGAAGUACUGAAGUAUUGGUGUUCAGCCAUGUCCACCCAGAACAACAGUAUGCACUGCUUGAUCCAGCAAACCGAUGCAGCCAGUAUCUUGACCCCUGUGCUCAUCAUAGAGUUCAUAUUGGGCCUGCCUGGGAAUGCAAUGGCUCUAUGGGUCUUUUGCUUCUCCCUGAAAACCUGGAAGCCCCUCACCGUCUAUCUGCUGAACCUAGUGCUGGCUGACUUCCUGCUUAUUAUCUCCCUGCCCUUCAGGAUUGACAAUGUCAUAAGGAAAGAGCACUGGAUCUUUGGAGCCAGUUUUUGUCGGAUUAAUCUCUUCAUGCUGACUGUGAACCGCUCUGCCAGCAUUGGAUUCAUGACUCUAGUGGCGAUCGAUCGCUACUUCAAGAUUGUCUUACCACACCACCGGCUCAGUCACCUGUCCAUCAGGUAUUCAGCUGGCAUUUCCUUUAUUAUGUGGGCACUGGUCUUGGCUUUGCGGUGUCCAUUACUGAGCAACAAUCUUCUUUAUGUGAGUGGCAAUAUGUCUCUAUGCCGGAGUUUUAGCCACACCUCUAACUUGACUUCUGUAAUGAAGCUGCACUAUGGGGUCUACAUUUUUGAAUUCUUCAUACCAUUUGGCAUCCUGCUCUUCUGCACAUUUAGGAUCACAUGGAUACUGAAGUUUCGCCAGUUAGACAAGUCAUACAAGGUCCAGAAAGCCAUUAAAGUGCUUAUACUCAUUUUACUGUUCUUCACCAUCUGCUUCAUGCCAGGCAUUCUGUCAGGACUGAUUACCCUUCUGAUCAAAAAGUUCUUUCCAGAAAACUGCAAGGCCUAUAAUGUCUUUGCCACAUUCUUCAGCAUAUCCAUUGCUUUUACGUACCUGAACAGCGUCCUGGAUCCAAUCAUCUACUGCUUCUCUAGUUCUUUGUUCUUAAAUGCCUUGAAGAAGUCAAUCAAUUCACUGGGACUCUGUCAUCUUGCUCUGGACAGAAAAUCAAGUUAUGUCACUGACAGUGACAGGAAUACCUUGUGAGUUCCUUCCCUUGUGUCAGAAACUGAUGUGAUGCUAGGCUGCAAUAUAAUGAUUGGUAUCAAAAGAACAGUGCCACAAUGACCAUGAUGGGGGUCUCCUGGCACUUGCAUCACCUCCUGCUUUUGCUGAUAUUUGCAUUACAAUCUUGACCCAGCAGCCAGGAGGGUCCUGCUACUUCAUAUGUCCUUGAGUGUUGUCACCUGUUGCUAUAGUAACUGUUGUGAUGCUAUUCCAUCCUGAUAAUAAUCAAGAAGGUCUUAUCUCUUGGUGUAGCAUCUGAGUGCACAAAAGUCAGCCACAAGGUUUGAACCCAAUGAUAAAUGUCAUGUAAAAUAAACACUGCUAAGUGAAACAUCCUGCACAAUCCUCAAUGAAAUGAGACAGCGUCUGAGUGGGCACAGCAAACUGCAGAGGGGUAGUGUGACCACCUGGCCUGAGUCCUCUGGUCUCUGGCAUUGAAGUUUCUACAAGGACACAGACUGCUAAAUGAAUGUUUCUUUGUUUUGUUGUUGUCUCCUCUGUCUAUAAAGACAUGAAGUACUAUAGAUCAGGUUUGUGUUUCCAUGUCGCCUGUUCAAACUGUGCAGCUUUCAGAACCAACACACAAUAAAGGCAGCUUAAUACAAAUCAA